AUGGCGGCAAUCGACUUAGCAGGUGAUACUUUGGGUCAGAAACACCACAACUAUAAAAAUCUUGUUAGAAGCGCUACUGCUGAUGAUAAUUUUAAACUAAGUAAACUGAAUUAUAGUGAAAGUACUACAGAAUCUUCUCAAUAUAAAAUAAACUCGAUUUUAGGUGUUUUAGUAUUUAGCGCCCGAGAUAACUUUCAAAACAUACAAACAUUAUUGGAAUAUUAUCAGUCAAAACACAUGGGUGAAUUGUAUGAGAAUAAAGUUCAGUUUCAUAAAGUACUCUCACCGAGAAGUUUAAAUAAAUUCAACGAACGCAUUUGGUCUAUUCUUGAUGAUAUAUUCACGAGUGUGGAUUUCUACGCAGACACUAACAAUGAUGUUCCGAAGUGUUUUGAGGUCAUGAUCGUUUACAAGUUGACUCAUGAUGUACAAAUCCCAGAAACAUUUAAUACGAAGGUUCAUUUCAACAGCUUUAUUGAUUACCGCAGUAAGUUAAAUGCUGAUGAACAGCAAAAAGUGUUGGAUUAUGUAUUUGAAACAUGUUUUACGAAAUUGUACAAGAAGGAUAUUGUGAAUGAAGAAGAGAUGAGUGUUAUGGUAGAUUUGGUUACAGGGGUGUUGGUCCUUUUAAAAUCUGGAAUAAAGGCUGAAACGACUAUCCCGUAG